CAUCAAAAUGGUAUAAUUCUAAAAUCUUUCAGAAUUUGAUUUGAGAAAAAUGUCUGAAGAAGAAUAUGAGGUCGAGGUUAUAGUAGAUAAGAGAGUAAGGAAAGGGAAGGUUGAAUAUCUGGUGAAGUGGAAGGGAUGGGAGAACCCUGAUGAUAACACCUGGGAACCAGUUGCUAACCUAGACUGUCCGGAGCUGAUAUCUGCAUAUGAAUCUAAAAAUAAUGAUUCCGGGUCUCAGUCCAGUGGUGAACAGAAGAAGAAAGUUGAUAAGAGAAAAUCCUCUGAUUCUGAAUCACAGGAAUCUGCCAAAACCCCGAAGGUGAAGGACGAAGCAAGACCGAAAGGUUUCGGACGAGGUUUGUCUCCGGAGAAGAUUAUCGGAGCAACCAAUGAUCCCGGAGAGCUUUACUUCCUCAUCAAGUGGAAAGGAUCUGAAGAGGCCGACCUAGUUCCUGCCAAGGAAGCUAACGUCAAGAUCCCCCAGAUCGUGAUUAAAUUUUACGAGGAACGACUGAACUGGUACGAGGACGACAAGUAAAGGUCUCAUCCGGCCCGGACCAUUGACCAUACAGCGAUACGAAGCUACCUUUAUGAACUUCUUUUUUGUGCUUGAAAAUUUGACCUAAUGUACUUGAUUUUAAUUUUUGGAUGAUUUCAGA